UGCUGUUCAAAUUUUCACGCGAAUACCCCGAUGAAAACGCACAAAAUAAUUAUUUUUGUCUUUAUUUUGUUAACAAGUAAAGCUAAUUUAGCAUACUCCAAUGAUGUGGCAUCCGCUUUUAGAUGCAGUAAGCUUGUACCAAACAUCACUCCUUGUGCACCAACACGUGAAUUGCAGAUUCUAUUCUUUAAAGGUGUCUUACCCGCAAGGAAACUUCGUGUACCUGGGCAAAAUGUUAACCCCUGCUGAAACAGUAAAGGCUCCCGGCAUCGAAUUUAUUGCCAAUUCAUCUAAAUACUACACACUUAUUAUGGUUGAUCCCGAUAUACCAAUCCCAAGUAACACCACGCCUUCAGAGUUCCGCCACUGGAUCAUCGGCAACAUCCCUGGAGAUGAUAUAUAUUCUGCGGAGACCCUUGCCGAUUACAUCAGCCCAAUGCCAGUCCCGGGGUCUGAAGCCCAUAGAUACACCUUCCUUGUCUAUGAACAGAAGGGGUAUAUCAAGUUCAAGGAACCUAAGCUGAAGGCCAUACCAUCACCGGCUAGAUUUGUGCCUAUCCAGAAAUUUGUGGAUAAAUACGAUCUCGGUUGUCCAUUGUUUGGCAACUACUUCCGUUCAGCUCUAUGAUAAUAAGGUUCAGAUUAUUAUGCUUCAAAUAUAUUGCUCUCGUUCUUCUUUUA